AUGGCCCCAAAAAGGCCAAGAGUUUCCAAGCCUAACACCGACGAUGACGAGAUAUCAUCGUUGUCGCAGUGGAUUUGCGAGACUGUGAAAGGUUGUCAUGAAUUCAAGAUUAAAGGAUAUUCUACGGGGAUAGGAGUUGGUGAAUCCAUGACUAGUGGCGAAUUCAAUGUUGGUGGUCAUGAAUGGGUUAUGGAAUUUCAUCUAGACGACGAGACUGAAGCUAGCGAGGAGUACCUAUCCUUGUAUCUUAAGGGAUUCGAGCGGUAUAUGAAAAGGUCGAAGUUGGAGACCUCAGAUUAUCUCAAGGACGAUUGUCUUAACAUUCAUUGUACAAUCAUAGUGAAAACAUGUGUUAAAGAGGGGAAAUAUUAUGUUAUUCCUGUACCUCCAUCAGAUAUGAAUCAGAAUCUUAAGGGUUUGCUAGAGUCUGGAACUGGUUCUGAUGUUACUAUUCAGGUAGGCAGUGAAUUCUUCAAAGACCAUAAGUUGAUUCUUGCAGCUCGAUCUCCUGUAUUCAAAGCCAUGUUUUUUGGACUAGUGGGUAAUCCAGACAUAGAAACAGUAUCCAUUGAAGAGUUUGAUCCCUUUGCAUUUAAGGCCAUGUUGCUAUUUUUGUACUCCGAUGAACUUCCUGUAGCACGUGAACUUUGUGAUUCAGAUUCCCUUUGCACUUCAACUACAAUUAUGCAACAUUUGUUAGUUGCAGCAGAUCACUUUGGUCUUGCCCGAUUGAAACUUAUGUGUGAGGCAAAGUUGUGUGAAGAAAUAACUGCAAAUAAUGUGGCAAGAACGCUGGUCCUAGCAGACAAACACCAAUUCUCGCAACUGAAAACUAUCUGUCUAAACGUUGCAGCAAAAGCAGAAAAUGUGGAAAAGGUUUUGAAGUCUGAUGGGUUUGCAGAUUUAGCGAAAAGUUGUCCCUCACUAUUGAUUGAUCUGUUGAAGACCGAUGUAGUGGUAAAUGGAAAUUGA